CACCACGGCAAGCUGACAUGCUGCUCACAGCCUGUCAACCCCGCCUGGCUUGGUCGAUCACCUUCCUAAGACAGCAUGACGAUCAUGGCGCCGCGUUUGGUCGGGGCGGGCCGCUAGACAAGGGUAGAGAUACAACGUGCUCCACUUAACUCGGUAGGUCGCCGCUAAAUGGUCAAGGCACGGCUGGCCAAUUUCACAUUUGAGACAGCCUUGGAUGGAACGAUAACAUGAGCCCCAAGAAACUAGGUUAAAUAGAAACACCCACAGUUCCCACACGCCAGAUAGCGUUCUCGGCAGUACUAGGCUUGUCACACUUUCAUCUAGCAUGCUCCUCCUCGGCCCCGUCUCCCAAUGGCGUACGUCGCGCAGCACGAAAUCAUGGCCUCUCUAAGCCUCAGCCUUUCCCUUCUUUUGUUUACGGCCUCAACAUCUGUACCUCUCUAUGUGUCACGCCAGGCGCUUGUUUUCUGCUUCCUACUCUCUGUUCCGUUCACCAUCAGCCAUGCCAUCAUCUAUCUAGUUCAUCAGGGGGCAAUGGUCUUGGGAAUUGCUCUAGACUAAUAUCUAGUCAACGUGUGGAACUGCAGGCAAAUGCGCGAGAUACAUAUACCUCCGAGGACGGGACCCUCUGGUUAUGACCUGGCCGUUUAUUUUUGGAAGUAUCCUUUUAUCCGAGUAAUCAAAGACAAGUUCUGG